AUGUACUGGCAGCCAGCUUCAGAUGACUUCAAGUUCGUCGUCAAAUACCAUCGAGUCCCAAGGAAUGUGAUGACAGGGGAACGCGUCCCCACGAAGAGGGAGUUCCUGAGCCUGGUCAUGUCUACGUUCGACCCGAUUGGGUUUUUGAGCUGCUACAUGGUGACCGCUAAAAUACUAAUGCGAGAGAUUUGGCGUAGAGGAGUCGGCUGGGACGAGCCGGACACGUUAGACACGUUAGCCGCAGCCUUUGAGAGCUGGUGGCAAGGAAUGAACAGGAUUGAGGAGUUUCGAUGUCCACGCUACUAUUUCGGCGCUGGACGAGUGCGGACACUACAGCUGCACAUCUUUGUGGGUUCCAGCCAGUCGGCGUUCGCAGCAGCGGCCUAUUGGCGAGCCACCUACGCAAGUGGAGAUGUACAGGCGCACUUCAUAUGUUCGAAGACGAAGUGCGCUCCGAUGAGGACUAUGUCAAUCCCGCGACUGGAACUUCAAGCAGCAGUAUUGGGUACGAGACUGAUGGACACCGUCAGGCAAGAGCACGGUGUGGAGAUCAGCAGCAGUGUGCUAUGGACGGAUUCUAAGACAGUGCUGCACUGGAUAAGCAGCACCCACCGGAGAUACAAGCAAUUCGUCGGGAACCGGGUGGCGGAGAUCUUUGAAUCCACGAAGGCGUCCCAAUGGAGAUGGAUUCCGUCUGCCGAAAACGUGGCAGAUGACGCGACGAGGCCGCCCAAGAACGUGGACCUGAGUAUUGGUUCGCGGUGGCGAAGUGGUCCUCCAUUCUUACGAGGACCGGAAGAAAGCUGGCCGAGAUCGCGCGAGGUGUGGUAUCCCCCGACGCCAGAUGAAGACGAGAUGAAAUGUGAGUUUGCCCUGGUCAUGGCGAACUUUACAUCGUUACAGAGAUUUUCGAGCUACAACCGAUUGGUGAGGAGCACCGCAUGGGUGCUCAGAUUUAUUCGACGGUGCCGUGGACUACGCUCCGAUCGAGAGGAUCACGGACUGACGUCGAUGGAGUGCGCUGAGGCCGAGCGCACACUAAUAAGGCAAUCGCAGCGAGAAGCGUUUGCUGAAGAUAGCCAAGGAAAGGCCGCCAAAGGCAGCCGACUGAAUGGGUUGUCACCAUACUUCGACGAGGACGGAGUAAUGCGAGCCAGCGGGAGGAUCGACGACGCGGCGUGUGUGCCAUACAGCGCGCGACGGCCGAUCAUACUGUCUCACGAGGAGGCACUGGCGGAGAUAAUUGUGCAGCAUCACCACGAGAGGAUGUGCCACCAAAAUGUGGAGGCAACUAUUGGAGCGAUCCGGCAGAAGUUCUGGAUUACGAACUUACGGAGGUUGCUACGGAAGGUGAUGAGUAACUGCAAUGUAUGCAAGCUACGGAAGGCGCGACCUGCGCAGCCGGAGAUGGGUCCCCUGCCAGAGAACCGGCUGGAGGCCAACGGAUGGCCAUUCAAGUAUACCGGCCUGGACUAUUUUGGACCGCUAUUUGUGACUGUUGGACGUCACACGGAGAAAAGGUGGGUGGCAUUGUUUACGUGUCUAACCACAAGGGCUAUCCACUUGGAGAUGGCCCACGAUUUGUCUACAGAUUCCUGUAUAAUCGCCAUGAGGAACUUCAUGAGCCGCCGUGGACCGGUGGUCAGGAUAAAGAGCGACAAUGGGAAGAACUUCGUUGGAGCCGAUAGAGAGGCCAGGAAGUUCAGCGAAUUAUUUGAGCCUGCAAGGAUCCAGGGCGAGCUGUCGUCCAAAGGAAUUGAGUGGAUCUUUAAUUGCCCGGCGAACCCAGCUGAGGGUGGCGCUUGGGAAAGGAUGGUGCAGUGCGUGAAGAAGGUGCUGGCGCACACAAUGAAGGAGAUCGCACCCAAGGAGCACGUACUGGAGAACCUGUUGUUUGAGGCGGAGAGAACUCUCGUCCGUCACUCAUCUACCAGUGACGGUGGACCAGGAGGCCCCACUGACACCCAACGAUUUAUUGAUAGGAGUACACGAUGUUCCGGAUCUUCCCAAAGAUGA